CAAAAUGGGUCAAUCGGGGUAUGGUAGAGUAAUCCACGACGGGAUUAUUGUCCUCCCAGGUAUAGGUGUGACUCAUAACAAAACGCCCCAUCUCAAUUUUUGGACACGUAACCAGGGGACUGCAUGUACAUAUGUACAAACAAAGUCCCUAUCGAGGCGCGGUGACGACAGUUCCGGUCAACUUUAGGUAAUUACCAUUCCCGCCUACAGAUUUGGUAUCUUAUAAAAAUAACACGCGGAGCGCACGUCAUCAGUUCUCAUCGCAUAACGGCAGAAGUCAUGAGAGAUUCGUUUCGGUGCGUUAGCAAGAGCAACCAGUAUUCGAAAUGCUCGACAAGUUUACCUGUCCGGCAGCAGCAAACACAGCCUCAUCGGAGUCCAUUCGCUCGACGAGCAACUCAUCCGGUAUCACCACUCGCAUGCUCGUUGCAGGCAGCAAACGACAAGACGACCCCAAAACUUGGUAGUCCGAUGGUCGUGCGCAGGGAGAGUGCGUGCAGCUCGUUCUGGGGCAGUUCAGUGAAACAGAGAAAAGCGCCUCGACCGCCGUCCCCCGUGCCAGCCCGGAGAAACCGGUCGAAUGCACCUCUAAUGACUCCACACCUCGAACGACUCGACGAAUACGAAAGCGAGUUGGCAGACGACGAGGACGGCAUUCUACAGCCGAUUGCGUCGUCCUUCGAACAAAACCGAAUCCAGGAAACAAAGAUGAGUAAACAACAGGCGUGACGCACAGCACGUGCAACAUAUCCCGGCACUCUAGAUAUGCAACGAGACAAGGUCGAGUCUGUUUACGGCAACUGGACAGCGACAGUAUAUACAACCGUUCACACACGCGUCUUGUACGACAGUACUGCGCAUUCCUACUAUGUAGAACUCGCCAUUGUUACACGGUUGCUGCACAUUUUGAUGUACAUAGCAUGUGUAUAGUUUGGUUGGAUCGUUUUCGAUUUCAUGGCUCGUUUUACGCUAUUACGCGUGAUACAAAUAAAAACAGAAAUCAAA